AUGAAGCUCGUCCGAUUCCUUAUGAAAUGCCAGAAUGAGACGGUCACAGUCGAACUCAAGAAUGGCACAAUCGUGAACGGCACCAUAACCUCCGUCUCGCCCCUCAUGAACGUCGCGCUCCGAGCCGUCAAAUACACACCCAAAUCCCGCGACAUCGUAGCCCUCGACUCAAUGACCGUCCGCGGCUCAACAAUCCGCUACAUCAUUCUCCCUGAUUCAUUACCUCUCGACACUCUCCUUAUCGACGAUGCGCCAAAGCCCAAGAACAAGGCGAGGAAAGAAACGGACCGCGGUGGCGCUGCUGGUGGACGCGGCGGCGGAAGGGGUGGACCACGAGGACGUGGAGGAAGGGGAGGUGGUGGACGAGGUGGCGGCCGCGGCCGGGGUAGGGGGUUCUAG